AUGUUUAAAGUGAUCAAUGCCCUUAAGGGCUCUAGAAAUUCAAAUGGUAUGUCACAACCAGAAAAAACUAAGUUCGUUUUAGAACAAGCAGCCGAUUUCGAAGUUGCAUUAAAAGCAAUGGAUUACGUUUUAGAUGACAGGGCCAAAGAAGGAUUAGCUCUGCUAGAAGAGAGCGCUGGUGGAGAAAAUGAAAAGACAAUUCAUACUCUGGCAAAAGGUGUUAUCGAAUUUUUAGAAGCAAUUUUAGGUUUUGAAGCUGCUGAAAUGAAGAAAGCUUCUAGUACUUUAGCUCAUGCUGAAGAAUUAUCCUUAAAGAGUAGAGCUAACGCUCAGAAAUUAGGCAUUCGUAGUAGUUCCUUCUAUCCGCCAGGAACAGUUUAUGCUGUCACUUAUACCGAAUCAUGUUUAUUACAUGCUUUAUUGAUGUUAUUUAGUGAAAGUAUGAUGGAAGCAGCAAAAGCUUUAUUAAAAUUAAGAAAGGCUUAUCAUAUGCUAGUUGAAAUUUUUCAAGCAAUCAAGAAAGUUGAACAAAAUAAGAAGAAUAAUAACAAUCUAUAUAAAAAUGAAAUCACAGAUUCUCAAGCUAGCUUUAUUUCAUUAGGUUCAACUUUUACUUCAAUUGAUAUUCCAUAUAAAUUAACUCCGGAAGAACAAGAAGAUAAAAACCUUUUGCAAUAUGCUGAAAAAGUUCAAAGAAUGAGAAUGAAAAGAUUAACAGGUGCUCAUAUUGGAAAUUCGCCUGCUAUUAAUAGAUUAAGAACCGAUCUGGGCUUAAAUGCAAUGAAAGAUUUGCCAGAAAAUGAAACUACUGAUUUCGCCCCAUUAUCUGACGAAUUAGAUUUAACUCAGGCGACAAUUGAUGAGUUUAUUAAUUCAGGUGUAAAUUUAUGUUAUGGUAUUUUACAAGUUGUAUUAUCAUUAAUUCCACCUGCUAUUGGUACAGUUUUGUCUAUAGUUGGUUUUAAAGGUACUCGUGAAGAAGGUUUAAGAUUAAUUUGGAAAUCAACUAAACAUAGAAAUAUUCAUGGUUGUAUAGGUUUAUUAGGGUUAAUGUUUUAUUACGAUGGCCCAUUCCAAUUCACAGAUGCAGAUUUUGAUAUUCCAGCAGCUAUUAAACCGAAGAAAAGCAUUAACAAUCUAAACUCACAUAGCACUAGCAAUGGUAAUACUGCUACCACUGAAAAAUUAAGUAGAACCCCAUCACAAAGAAGUACGACUGCUUCACUAAGUACUGCACAAUCAGGCACAGUUCCAUCAGGUGCUCGUAGUAGAUCCUCCACUAUGAGAAGUAAUGCAGUAAUAUCAGUUGAUGAUAUGGAUGGUCCAACUCUAUUACACCCAGGUAAAAUGUUGGAUAAUGCAUUACUACAAGCAAGAGCCUUAUUUCCAAAUAGUGCGUUAUGGAUAUUAAAUGAAGCUACUAUGCUAAGUGGUAAAGGCCGUUUACAAGAAGCGGUUGAUUUGUUAGAAUCAAUUGAUGUAGAAAAAAUUGAAAUGAGACAAGUUAAAUCAAGAUUAAUCUUUGAUCGUGCAAUUACGUUGGUUCACUUACACCAAUACGAUAAAGCAGCUAAGGACUUGAUUUAUUUGAUAGAUAUAAGUGAUUGGUCUCAUGCUCUUUACAGAUAUUUUGCUGGAUGUUGUUAUUUAGAAAAUUAUAGAAUGAGUCAAUUAGGACUUGAAACUAAAGAAACUCCAGAAUUUUAUAAGCAAAAGGCCACAGAAUUAAUCUUUUCAGCUCCAGACUUAUUGGGUAAAAAGACAUUCAAAUCUAAGAAUUUGCCAUUGGAUAGAUUUAUGUUAAGAAAAGUAGAAUCAUUCAAAGCCAUCCAAAAGAAAUAUGGGUUUGAAGAUCCAUUGGAUGCAAUUGCAACCUCCCCUGUACAUGAAUUAUCAUAUUUCUAUAAUGGUUACAACAGAAUGGAUAGUGGUAACUUGAAAUUAGCACAAAAUUUGUUAACAAAUUAUCACAACCCUGCAGUUGAUAAGCUAAAUGUUGAUCAAGAAUUAAUCAGAAAUUUCUUGAUUUGUUUAACAUUCAGAAGAUUAGGGGAAGUAGAAAAGGGAUGUCAAAUAUUGGAUGAAAAAGUCCUCCCAGCCUUUUUCUCAUUAGAAAAUGGUCAAGUCAAGUAUGUGAAGAAAACAGAUGACCCAUGGUUGUAUCCAGCUGCAUUAUAUGAAAGAGCAUUAUUCACAUGGAAAUUAAAAAUAUGA